AUGGCGCCAGAGGCUCCCCGAAGACAACAGCCCAAAACAAGGAGAACCGCAAAUGCAUGCGUCGCAUGUCGGCAAAGCAAAAUCAAGUGCUCGGGGGAUGUGCCAUGCAACAACUGCAUACGGCGCUUCACUCGUUGCCACUUUGCGGAGGCUGGCAACAAGGUUGUGGUUUCCGAAAGGCUCCUGCAAGAGUUGAGACAGCAAGCCAGAGGACAUCGAGGUAGCCCGAGUCCUGGCCAUCACGAAGCUGGCGAACGGGCCCAGCCUCGAGGCAGUGUACAAAGAGCUAGGCAAUUGGACGAACCCACAAACUGGAAGGAAAGGCAACGUAACGCGCCAAGGGGGCACCAAGAGGGUCAUCAAUUGGAUCGAGGUUGGGAGCGGCAACGAAAGUCACUGACCAGCGAAAGUUGCAGCUCGCACAGCCAUACCAGUCGCCAGGAUCUUUCUCCAAGAAUCCCGUCUCGCGUAUCAUUCAGUCCAUCUGGAAGCCCCCUUGCGCAUCCGCCACAGUUCACCCCAUUCCAUGCUCAGCGUCAGGUUUUUCCUGCGCUUGCCGCCGAAGGGGGCCCAAGACGUCGUCGCCGUAUCGCAGAAGCCUGUCAGCUAGUCUUCGAUGUUGACGAUGACGACCUUGACUUCACCGAAACUCCGGCUCUCGUCCGAGGGAGGACGCACCCGGAGCGACACCUGCAGGAAACCCCGAAACCUGAACAGGAACAAGAAGUGCCCCCUUCACCACGGCCCUUGGUCUCUGUGCUAGACUCUGCAGGCCUGACAUCCCAACGAUUCAGUUUGCCUUCCAAGAUCAUCAAGAACAAGCAUCCCAACGGGCAAGGCUGGAUCUGGCUGGCACCGUGGUCCACUUGGUCCUUCACAGUCCGGCUGCGGUUUCUAAUGAAGGAAAAGCUGUAUCCGGACUCGGAAGAAGGCAGUGUUGAUGUCUACGAUGGAAAGAUUUAUCCCUUGCAUUGGAAGCCGGCAUCUAGCGACGCGCCAGACAUGACCGGCUUGCCGUCCAUGGACUACGCCAUCUAUCUCUUCAACGCCGUCAAGUUCCAUCUCGGCAGAGCCUAUCGGUUCUUUGAGGAUGCGAGCUUUCUCAGUCGUAUGAAUGAGUUUUACGACGGCGAGGCACGAACCGUGGCAACGCAGCAUCAGUUUUGGUUUGUCCAGUAUCUCCUGAUGCUGGCUUUUGGAAAGGCGUUCGUCUCGCGCUCGAGAGCGAGCAAAGAUCCCCUGGGCGCCUGCUACUUCACUCGCGCCAUGUCCCUGAUGCCUGACCCUGCUGUGUUCCGGAGAGAUAGCAUCCUGGCGAUUGAGCUGACGGCAUUGGCGGGGCUGUACUUUUACGCCAUUGACCAUCGCGAGUCUGCACACGUCUAUCUGGGCCACGCCAUUCGGAUCGCGCAGCUUGAAGGCUUGCACACCCCGCUGCCUGAGAAGGAGCUGGGCGCGCAGAUGGUCAAGCGCUGCCGGAAUCUCUGGUGGACGCUGUACAUCAUGGACAGGCAGUUCUCCACGUCGCUGGGGCUGCCCAUGUCCAUCCAGGACGGCGGCAUCACGACGCACCUGAGUGUCCCCGGCGAGAACUCGCAAGAGGACACGGCCGUGGUCCUCCAGGUCAAGCUCUCACAGCUUCUGUCGCACAUUCUGUCUUACCGACUCAACAGCCCAGAACACGGCGACAAGGACUGGGAGCCAUUUUUGAGCACGACGACAUCGUUGAUCUCGACCGGGAUCAAGUCUGCCGUCAAGACGCUCCAAAUUCUCACAGACGAGGAAUAUCUACUCGGUGCGCCCACACCCCCUGCCUGCCUGUUAACCCUAAGUCUGCUGCUUGUCCUUGUCGAGUCUAACCCGGGAGUCGCAGAGGUCUUUCUCGUCUUCGACCUCGAGUUCGUCUACAGCGCAGCGAUCCACCUGACCAUGGCCGACGCCCUCUUCCCAAGCGUGGCCGAGGACGCCCGCGGGCACAGCCAGGCGGCGCACUCAAUCAUGGACGACAUGAUGGCCAAAGGCAACAAGGUCGCGGCGACGCGCAAGGAGGACCUCACGCAGCUCGAGGAUCUCUGCCGCGAGCUCGCCGCGCGCACGGAUGCACGCGGCCUGCAGAUGCUGACGCUGACGCUGCCGGGUCUCGAUGACUCGAUCGCAGGGUCCCUCUCGUCGGCAGGGUCCACGCUCGAGGCCGUGGCUGGCGUGGAGGAGGACGUGGGCCUGCAGAGGGGACUUGGCGAUAGUGCCAUGGCGGAGGAGACGCCGAUGCUGUGGGCGUCGCUGCCGGCGGCGACGACGAAUCUGGAGUUUAUGGACACUAUUGGGAUAUCGUCGGAGGAGGUGUUUUCGAUUCUGGAUGAGAUUGGCAACAUGGAUGAUCAGGGAGUUGUGUACCACUGGCCCGAUGCGGGGUGA